AUGUCGCAAGCUCCGCGAGGGAAUGAUGAAAGCUCGGCGACUUCAUCUAAGAACCAAACCAGCUACCAAUCCAUCAACAGCGGCCUCAUUCCUCGCGACUAUUUAGCACGAUCCGACCAACCGCGCUCCGGGCCCGCUGGUGGUUCCCGACAGAUCACCCCCUCUCCGUUGCAGACGAGUUUCCUGCCUCAGUCAUACCGUGUGGACAGUCCCGCGUCGACCCAGAGCCCCCUAUCCCCGAGAUCGAGCAACAACACUCCUCCUUCCCAGACGUCACCAAUAACUCGCGUGGCCAAUGCUACAUUUCCUGCGCCACCCUCUAGCAUCGGUCACAGCCUGUCGCAGACACCCGAGACGGCAGAGCCAGAAUCAAUGAAUGUCGACGCCCGGCCUGGCGAGAGCAAUAUGUCGAGAACAAACCGUGCGCCGGAGCCCGAUCGAUCUGCUACUUCAUCCGUCAGUUCCGUUCACUCGAUGCCAGAUCGCCCACCGCAUCGUGUCAUGCCUCGCACCUCGUCGAUUGACUCUGCUAUCUCUUCCCUGUCUUCCAACUCUCAGAGAUCGGCUUUUGAUGUUAACUCUUUGAGUCCAAACGACAUUAACAACCUAAUCAACGCCGCUGGAUCUGCCGAGGCUGUUAUCAUGCACCUCUUGAAAGAGAAACACCAAUCCGCCUCUCAGAAUACGCAACUGUGGAAAUUGGUGGACAAACAAAGGACGUUAAUCCUCGGCCUCAACAAGGACCUUGAGCGUGCCUUGCAAGAGAAGGAGAAGUACAAAAAGAAGCUGAAGGAACUACAAGAUGCUCCGCCAGUACCGGCGGCCGCAUCGCGCAGUGAUAAGGAGACAGGGUCGCAGAAAGACGAUCAACCAUCGAUCAUUCCAUCUCCUGAAACCUCCCGGCGGGGCUUUGAAGAUACCACCAGUCCGGUUUCUGCCACAGAUAUCCCAUCUCCCAUCGGAGACGGAAAGAGCAGGUUGCCACACCCAGGUCGCAAACCACCGCCUGCGCCUCUGACUCUGCGACAGCCACAGGCACAAGCAGACGCCAACAAAAGGACAUCAUCAGACUCUGGUUCCGAUUAUGGCGAUACCCAGGAAGCGAAUGAGACCCCGGGUAUGGACCGUGGGCGGAGAAAGACAAGAGAACAAGACGACAAGGAUCGUGAAGCUGCACUGCAGAAAGAUGGGCUUGAAUCUACUGGUUCGGUAGGAGCAACCCAGGCAGCCAACUCCCAUAGCUCGCGGGACACGGCAAUGUCUAGCCCAGAAACGGUUCCCGGGGAGCUCUCCACGAGAUCACCACCGAAUGUAGGUGACUCCGGUUCCCUGGGAUCACUUUUGGGCUCUCGGCCCCCCCCUGCGUCGUCAUUCAAUGGGCGCUCUAUCGCUACCAUGCCCAUGAGCCCUGGACUGCCACUAAGCCCGAGGCCGGAAGAUCGACCUAUGGGUUCUCCCAUGCCUCGCAUGCCACGCGACUUUUCCGGUUCCAUGGCAGCUGGCUAUCAGCCCCCGAAUUUGCCUUCAUCGCCAAGGAUGGCCAACCAGCCUAUGGGCUUCGCUCCCAUCCCUUCGAAUGGACGGCCCAGUGGUCCUCUCCCGUCAAUCGAUCCCUCUGUAAUGAUUGACAGCCCGAGAUCCGCACAUUUCACCGACAACCGAAUUUAUCAAGGGCUGAUGUCUGAUGAAUAUCCUGGCCUGCUUCUGCCCCCGAAUGCGCUCCCCUUGGUUCAAGUCAGAGUAUCUUCAUCGCGGCUUCGACCUUCCAGGAACAGUUAUAUGGCGUCCAAGCCCCUAGACGAGGAACCUGUCUUUACUCUCAGUGUGAUUUCCCGCUCAGAGAUGUCAGAACUGUGGCGAGUUGAAAAGAUCAUCGGAUCUUUGCCUCAGCUAGAUCAAAAAGUCCGACAGUCUUCCGCUUUCCCCGUCAAAUUGCCAGAUAGAAAUAUCUUCAAUGGCCAUUCUCCUGCUAAGGUUGACCUGAGACGUGCUGCACUGAAUGCAUACUUCGAUGGACUCUUGGAUACACCAAUGGACGAAAAAGCCGCAUUGGCCAUCUGCCAGUUCUUGACAAAUGAUGCUAUUGAGCCUCGAGAUGACGAGACAAGUCUACUGAAGGGUCAUGCUCAGGCGAAGCCCGAUAUGCCUCGUGGACCAGAUGGAAAGCCACAAAAAGAAGGUUACUUGACUAAACGAGGCAAGAACUUUGGUGGCUGGAAAGCAAGAUAUUUCGUUCUCACUGGACCUGAACUGAGGUACUACGAAUCUCCAGGGGGCGCACACAUGGGUACGAUCAAACUUCAUCGUGCGCAGAUAGGCAAACAGUCGCCAAAAUCUGCCGAUCAGGGCGCUUCGUCUUCCGGGGUGGAAGAUGACUCCGACAACCAGUAUCGCCAUGCAUUCUUGAUUUUGGAACCCAAGAAAAAGGAUUCCUCGGCACUCGUGCGACACGUUCUUUGCGCCGAGAGCGACGAAGAGCGCGACACCUGGGUCGAUGCUCUCAUGGAAUACGUCGAGAGCGCCUCCUCUGAGAAUGAGGGACGUGGCAGCGUAUCUUCCAAGGGCCAGCCUCAGUCUCAAGAUGAAUCCCAACUCCAACAAAAGCCACCGCAAUCUGCGACCGAGGCUAAGUCUAAAUUCAACAACGGAACUAAGAAGUCUGGACGUGGAGUUGACAGCCCCGAACAAGACUCGGUAAGUUCCGUGCAGGGUUUCAGCUUUGAUGACGCGGUGCAAGCCGACCCUCCAACUAUCGGUUCCACCCUCGAACAAGCACCUCGAUCUCCCCGACUUCCAGCUGCCAUGUCUACGGAGUUCAGAGAACUGGCCAUGUCUUCUCCCGAGCAAGGAUUACAAUCCCCCAGAAUGAUAUCUAGGCCCACGAACGGUGCAGUCAUCCAGGAUGUGGAGGCCUGGGGUAACAAGGCAAAGACAUCGACGAAGGAGAAGAAACGCAGUAUCUGGGGUUUCCGAACCAGAUCCUCUUUUGACCUUGCCGCUCAAGCCCAGACCAGCGAGACAUCAACAGCAACCAACGUUGAGAGAACGGGGCCCGUCCGACCUGUCUUCGGUAUCCCCUUGGCCGAGGCCGUACAAGAUUGUGCACCGCCAGGUAUUGACGUCGAACUGCCGGCAGUGGUUUAUCGCUGUAUCGAAUAUCUCCAUGCCAAGGAAGCAGCCUUGGAGGAAGGUAUCUUCCGCCUAAGCGGUUCCAAUGUGGUGAUCAAAGCUUUGAAGGAACGUUUCAACACUGAAGGCGAUGUUGAUUUCGUGUCUGGUGAUCAGUAUUAUGACAUCCAUGCCGUGGCUUCUCUCUUCAAACAGUACCUUCGAGAGCUUCCAACCACCGUAUUGACUCGGGAGCUUCAUCUGGACUUCCUUCGCGUUCUCGAACUCGACGACCGCCAAAAGAAGGUGCUAGCUUUCAAUUCUCUGGUGCACAGACUGCCGAGGCCUAAUCUAGCCUUGCUUCGGGCUCUAUCGCAGUUCUUGAUUGAGAUUGUCAAUAAUUCUGAUGUGAACAAGAUGACCGUCAGGAACGUGGGCAUUGUCUUUGCGCCAACACUGAACAUUCCAGCGCCGGUCUUCUCAAUGUUCCUCACAGACUAUGACAGCAUCUUUGGCGAUACCGACUCGAACUAUGCCAAGCCUGGUACGGAGCUGACAGUCGAAAAUACUCUUUCCCCCGACGAUAUUCGAUCCCCGCGUCACCAAAUGUUCUCGGAUAUACCUACUCCUUCGUACCAGCAGACUUCCUUCCGGAAUACUGAUAUGAACGGUCCUUCUGAGGGAACCGGAAACCACUACGACACUGGCUUUAUCCCAAUGCAACCUAGCUAUGACCAACCAACUUCGUCCCGGCAUGAGCAGUAUAACCAACCUCCGGGCCCGGGUGCCUCUGCUCCGUAUUCUUCUUUGAAUGGCAUGCUGGUGCCUGGCUCGGAAGAUACUCGCUCGGCGAAGACGAAGCGACGGGAGAGUUCCAUGCUGUUUAUGGACGAUCCUUCUUUCUACCAGGGCAAGUGA